AUGUCCACCACCAUCGCCAGCGCUGCCACCACGGCCUCUGAGAUUGCCAGCGGCACUACUACUACUUCCGCCGCCGCCACUUCCGCCGCAGCGACCACCACCGCCGCCUCCACCACCACUUCAUCCUCAUCCGCUUCCUCCACGAGCGCCACUUCCACCUCGGCAUCCUCCAGCAGCACUUCAGCCUCCUCCUCCACCACCGCCUCGACUCUCAGCACAGUCACCAGCUCGACGUCCGCCAGUACCACCGGCACUUCGACCGUCACUUCCUCCUCAACCACCUCCUCGACCGCCACCAUCACCCCGUGCGCCACCAACUGCACCGUCUUCACCUCCUCCGAUGCCUCGUCUAUAUUCGGCGGCUCUCUCGCCCUGGCCUUCCUCCUGUUGAUCUUCAGCAACUUUCUCGCCCUCAUGUUCAUGAAGAAGCGCGAUGCCAUUAAGGAGAAGAGGCGUCAAGCCAUGGCCAAGGCCGAGGGCAUUGCCUAA